AAUGUUUUUUUUAUUCAUUCCUAUCACUUUUUAUCAAUGCUGAGCAGAUUCAAUUUGGACACAAACUUAUUCUUAUUUUACUAGGCUUAUUUUGUGUACUGAUUUCGACCAUCUCCGCGAACAAGCAUACCAUGAAGACCAACGAAUGUGCACAGAGUUGAUUCCACAGUUGCGCUAGCAGAGAUAAAUAAAAUCAUGUGCGCGUUGAACAUGGUCAUGUGACCACGGUGAUUCGUAACCCGGAACAAGUAGCUCUUUCUAGUCAUUCAUUCGCUGCUUAUGGUCCUCGCCAUACUGACAGAAGCUUUGUGGAAUAGUGAUUUGGACUCCCCCCUUCCCCCCCAAAAUGGCAGCGGACCCAAUGGAGAUUGACGACUCCCUGUACAGCCGUCAGCGCUAUGUAUUGGGUGACAGUGCCAUGCACCAGAUGGCCCAGUCUUCCGUCUUUCUCAGCGGACUGGGAGGUCUGGGAAUUGAGAUUGCAAAGAAUAUAGUGCUUGCAGGAGUAAAGGCAGUGACAAUCCAUGACACAAAACAGUGUGAGAUGUGGGAUCUAGGAACCAAUUUCUUCAUUCGUGAGGAGGAUGUCCUGAACCAAAGGAAAAGAGUGGAGGCAGUGCACCCGCGGGUCGCCGAGCUGAACCCCUACGUCCAGGUCAACACGUCCAGCUCCGCCCUGGACGAGAACACUGACCUCAGCUUCCUGAAGAAUUAUCAGUGUGUCAUUCUUACCGAAGCCAGGCUUAAGCUGCAGAAGAAGGUGAAUGAUUACUGCCACUCACAGCAGCCUCCCAUUAAAUUCAUCGGCUGUGAUGUGUUCGGUAUCUGCGCUCGGGUGUUCUGUGAUUUUGGGGACACUUUCGAGGUGUCUGACCCGACUGGAGAAGAGCCUAAGGAGGUGUUUGUGCAGAACAUCACUCAGGACAACCCGGGGGUGGUGACAUGCAUGGACAACCGUACCCACGGGCUACAGACGGGUCAGAGCAUCCUGUUCCGGGAGGUCCAUGGCAUGACUGAGCUCAACGGAACACUUCGGCAGGUUACAGUGUUGUCCCCCUACAGCUUUUCCAUAGGGGACACAUCCAGGCUGCAGCCCUAUGCCCACGGGGGGAUCUUCCUCCAGAUAAAGACUCCCAAAACCUAUAGCUUUGAAAGGCUGGAGGAGCAGCUGUUGGAACCACAAGUUCUCACCCCUGAUUUCAGCAAACCAGAGGCUCCACUGCAGGUUCACGCUGCUCUGCUCGCCCUUGACUCCUUUCAGGAGCAGCAUCACAGGCUGCCCAGUGUUGGGUGUCUGCAGGACGCGGAGGUUUUGGUGAAGCUGACCGAGGAGGUGAACGAGAGCCUGAAGAACAGGGCGCCUGUGAACCAGGAGCUGGUGCGCUGCGUGUCCCGCACGGCUCGGGGGUCGCUGGCACCCCUCGCGGCUGCUGUCGGGGGCAUCGCCAGUCAGGAGGUGCUGAAGGCUCUGACGGGGAAGUUCGCCCCCCUGCAACAGUGGUUCUACCUGGAUGCCAUCGAGGUGGUCAGGCCUCUGCAGUCUCUCGCUGCGGAAGAGUUUGUCCCAAAGGGGGAUCGGUACGACGCCCUGCGGGCUUGCAUUGGGGAGACCAUGUGCCAGAAAUUGCACCAGCUCAGGGUGUUCAUGGUGGGCUGCGGUGCCAUUGGCUGCGAGAUGCUCAAAAACUUUGCCCUGCUGGGAGUGGGUCUGUCAAACUACUCUGGAGAGAUAUGUAUCACAGAUCCGGAUUUGAUUGAGAAGUCCAACCUGAACCGGCAGUUCCUCUUCAGACCGCAUCACAUACAGAAGCCCAAGAGCACUACAGCGGCAGCAGCCACCCUGGAGAUCAACCCUCAGCUGCAGAUUGACGCGCACCUGAACAAGGUGUGUCCCGCCACGGAGGCCAUCUACAGCGAUCAUUUCUACUCCGGGCUCCACCUGGUGGUCACGGCGCUCGACAACGUGGAGGCCAGGAGAUACGUGGACAGCCGCAGUGUGUCGAACCAGAAGCCUCUUUUGGACUCGGGGACGAUGGGGACGAAGGGACACACGGAGACCAUCGUGCCAAACCUGACAGAGUCCUACAACAGCCAUAGAGACCCUCCAGAUGAGGAGAUACCUUUCUGCACUUUGAAGUCUUUUCCUGCUGUCAUCGAACACACGAUACAGUGGGCGAGAGACAAGUUUGAGAGUGCCUUCUCUCACAAGCCCUCCAUCUACAACAUCUUCUGGCAGACCUACUCCUCCGCUGAGGAGGUGCUGCAGAGGAUGAAGUCGAGGGAGAGCCUGGAGGGGUCAUUCCAGGUCAUCAAGCUGCUGAGCAGAAGGCCCACCCAGUGGGAGCACUGCGUCACCCUGGCGCGCCUCAAAUUCGACAAGUACUUCAAGAGAAAGGCCUUGCAGUUGCUGCACUCUUUUCCGCUGGACACUAGACUGAAGGAUGGCAGUUUGUUUUGGCAGUCUCCAAAACGACCCCCGUCCCCAAUAGAGUUCGACUUGAAGGACCCAUUGCACUUCAUCUUCAUUGUCAGCGCUGCCAGACUCUUUGCUGCCAUUUACAACAUCCCAUACUCAGAGAAGGACCUGUCACAGGAGGUGGUGUCCCAAAUAAUUUCAGACAUAAGUAUCCCAGAAUACAUCCCUGCAGAGAAGCGUAUUGAGACCGAUGAGACGGCCAAGAAACCAGACCACACGAAGCUGACGGUGAGCAGCGAGGAGGAGAGAGAGGCCAUCAGUCAGCUGGAGGAGGCCAUCGCCUCUCAGUCUGUCACCCCAGACCGCUUGCGCAUGUCCCCGGUCCUGUUCGAGAAGGACGACGACACCAACGGCCACAUGGACUUCGUGGCGUCGGCGUCCUCGCUGCGGGCCCGCAUGUACGGCAUCAAGGCAGCCGACCGGCUCAAGACCAAGCGCAUCGCGGGCAAGAUCAUCCCCGCCAUCGCCACGGCGACCGCCGCCGUGGCCGGACUGGUGGCAGUAGAGGCUAUCAAAGUGGUGGGAGGCUAUGACUUUGAGGCCUUCAAGAACUGCUUCUUCAACCUGGCCAUUCCAGUCGUGGUGCUCACAGAAACCGCCAAAGUCAAGAGGACUCAAAUCAGAGAAAACAUCUCCUUCUCCAUCUGGGACCGCUGGACCAUCCACGGUCAUGAGGACUUCACCCUGUCUGACUUCAUGAACGCUGUGCGGGAGAAGUAUGGCAUUGAGCCCACCAUGGUGGUCCACGGGGUGAAGAUGCUAUAUGUGCCAGUGAUGCCUGGACACAGCAAGAGGCUCAAACUGACAAUGCAGAAACUGAUCAAGCCCUCGUCAGACAGGAGGUACGUGGACCUGACCGUGUCUUUCGCUGCCGAGGCAGACGGGGACGAGGACCUGCCCGGUCCCCCGGUGAGAUACUACUUCAGCCAGGAGGGGGCGGCAGAGAGGGCCUGACGAGCAGAAGCCCCUCCCCCUCUCUGAGCUCCACUGACUCCACCCUAUGGACCACUAGAAGAAUAGCACUUGACAUGACUGUGUAUAUAGUUUUUCUACUGGUAUUAUUUUAUUGCAUAGCUUCGUCUGUGCUGAUGCUGAUGCCUUAAACAAUGUGUUUCAUGUGAUACUGAUGAAAAAAAUAGCGAUGAUGAUGAUGAUGAUGACGAUGAUAAAGAAGAUGAUAAUAAAAUCAGUGUUGGCACCUUCCUAGGCUUGUUUGGGGGAAAACGCCCCAGGGAGACGUGAGAGGUGGAACAUGUGGGGCUGGGUAUACGUUGUGUUUUUUUGGGUUUCCUUUCUCACGCUGUUAACAGUGUUCGGCCUUGACUGCGCGGGUUGAGGAAGCGUCAAUGAAAAGCCUCCGAAUCACCAAAGAUUGUCGUCAAGUUUUUUUUUUUUUUUUUCCUCUCAAGUGUAAUAGUUUGAAUUUGUGCAAAACAAAAUGCUGGACUGUGAAUUAGCUGCAAAUGGUGCCAUGUGGUACCUCUAUCACAGGAUAUAAUGCAAUCCACCAUCAGAGAGAGUCAUUGAAUUUCAUGUAGGAAGGCAGGAUGGUAGACAACGUUUUAAACGGAUUGUUGAGGCGUAUGGUGAGAAUGCAGUGAACACUUACCAGUGAUGAGACCCAUGAUGGUCAGCAUGGAAAGGUUCAUUAGCAAUGUCCUGUGGAACUGGUGCAGGUCGUCUGUCCGUGUGUUCAUUCAUAGUCUGGAGCCCGGAGCCUGUCAGAGUAACCAGGCCCUGUGCUCAUGGAGGACCUCCAUCACUGUGUUUCCCUACUUCACUAUGCAGGGAACCGAGAUCUACAAACACCAUAUCGAAAUUCAGGCCUUUAAUUUUAAAACUUUUUUUCUUUUUAUUUUUAAAUCUUCAUUAAUGUGGUCAUUAUUUAUAGCAUAUGUGCAUCCUGUCUAUUUAUUUUCUUGUAAUUACUUGCCUCCAGUAGGGUUGUGAAGUAUGAAAAAUGGCCAAUGAGACAAAUUUAAGGACACUGCAUUGUGCUACUUGCAGACUUGUGCUCGCUGUCUGGGUGUGUUCUCUGAAUUUGUAAACCUCAUGUGUAUCUUGGACUGGAAGUGACUGCUACGCUAUAUUAUGAUUUAAAAUCCUGGAGGGCAAUGGGGUGACCCGCAUGCACUAAAGAUACACAAAUUAGACUUAGCUCUGAUGUUUGCCCAAAAUUGAGAUGAAUGAAGAAGGGAUAGGUCUGCACUCGUGGCAGUGUUUCUGUUGCAACUUCUCUCUUGUGAAGCAGACUAGGCGACGUCAAAGACGAGGAAUAGACUUUGCCAAUGUCAUCUGUGCACAUUGUCGGAGAUACAGACCGUCUUCGUCAUUUAUCAAAUCCUCCAGUACUCAUUGGAGAGGUACUUUGCCUGGAUUACAACAGCACUAACAAUGGCAAUGGUUCAUGCUAGCCUGUUGAAUAUAACAUUCAUAUACAAGUUAACCAUCCAGCCCAGGCUUUGUAAUCUGGGGUUUGGUUUAUGUAAUUAUUGCCCAAAUGCAUCUGUCACAUUGAUUUAUCCUUGGAUAACUUGAGGGAUCGUGUUUCCGAGUGCACCUGGCCCAGAUGACAGUGGUGCUUGUAGUGUGGGUGCGGCGCUUCCCUUUCCCACUCCUGGUUCCCCUCCCUCCCCCCAGAUAAUGCCGGUGUCUCUUCCAGCCAGUGGUCUGAUCAUUCAUUUAAGUGCUUCCAGGAUUCAUUCAUCCAGCUCAUUUCCCAUAGGCAGGGGUUGCUUCAGCGAGCAGGUGUGUCCACAUAAUACUCUCAAUGCGAUUUUCUCUAACAAUCAGUCAGUCUGCAAAUCAAGGAAGUGGAACCUAUUUUGACCACAUGACGGAGAAAUGAACUUGUUGCUGAGAACUGAUCCCUUUGAUUAUAUUCCGUUAAGUAAAUAUAGGAUAUUAUUUCAUUAUGGCACAUAUUUCUGUCUCUGACAUAAUUUGGCCAACAGGGAGCAGAAAUUGUAAAUGGGUGUUUCAGACUAAAGAGCAAUUGACAGCAUUUUACUCUUGGGAAAUUGCAAUUUGGAUGGAACAAAAAUCUGUACAUACCACAGGGGGGUCCCGGGAGUUCAGUGAGCUAUGUUUAAAAAAGAGAAAAUACAACUGCAGUCGCUUCAUUAUCAGCGCGUCUCUUGAACUGAGCAAAAUACUGGUCGCGUGGUUGUAUAACUGACUCAGAACAUUUUUUUUACGUCAUUAACCGUUUCUCAUAAUCAGCACCGAGUGGAUAGCCAGCAGCCUCCAAAUGUGAGGUACUUAAACCUUAUGCGGUGUGUUCUCAUGGGUAUCCUUAGAUUCCCGUGUGUCACAUUCUGAGAUUCCUGUAACUUGUGGUCCAUAUAAAACAUAAAAUGACUUUACAGUGUCUCUUCACUGACAUGUACAUCAGUUGCAAAUAGUUGCAUUGUGAAUGAUCUUCAUAGACGUGUUAAGAACAGAAUUUACACUGCUGUGUGCCCUGGCAACCAAACACACACACACACAUAUGCACAGAUAUACGCAGGAAGCAGCAGACAAAAUUCGUUGUGUGGUGUCAUCACUUUUCUCACCCCUAAGUGACCAACUUUCUUUUGCACACAUUUAUUGAGGUGUUCAGCUUCCUUGUUGUGAAAUGAUGUCAGAAGAAUAAAACUAAUGAAACAAUGUACCGUGCUCCUUCUUGUGACAGACGG